AUGAGCAACAACUUGAACGAAGACCACCCGAAACAUCAUGAUGCUACUGAGACCACAUCCAUCAAGUUCGAAUGGACUCCUGAACUCGUGAAGAUUGGAACCUCUCGGGGAGCGAUACACCCGUCGAUUGGCCCUCUCGAAAUCUCCAACGGCUUACCAGAAUGCAAGUACCGACCGGAUAUGACCCUGCCAGACCCCGCAGAUACGUGCGAGUGUCUAAAGUGGGUGGGGCUAUCUGACCAGAAAAUCAUCGAGUUCGAACAGAAAUUCAAUGAUUUAUUUCCGAAAUGCCAAGCGCCGAAAUGUGGAUAUGAUGAGAAAUAUCAGGCUUAUGGACGUGGCUUUAAUGAAAUUACAUUCCCUUCGAUUGACAGCAUGUUGAGACUGUUCAUUCAAGGAAUGGGCGAUGACCAUGAAGAGUUCCAAUACACCCAUAGCUUCCGGCCUGAAUUUGCCAUAUUUUGUGGAUUACAUAAAGAUGACCCCAGAGCUCUUGAAGAUCCCGAUCUAUUCGAGAAGACAUGGUUUCGAUUGGGACCUGCAGAUAUCAUGGGUGAUACUCUAAUUUCAUUUUGGGGGCAACUCAAGGAGUUCAUGGUGACGAGAUUGUUAUAUGAGGGGAAGGCAUGGAAAGACCGGUAUGGAAUAUGGUUGCUUCGUGAGGGAGAAGAUAUGGAUCAAGCAAAGGCGAGAAUGAAUGAGAAGGAGCGUGAAAGAUUGAGAGAGCAAGCGAGGGAGGAAAAGAAAGCCGACUUGGCACGUCAGAAGCAAGAGCGCGACAGGGAGUAUGCGGAGGACAUGGCAAGAUUUGCAGAAGACAGAGUGCCCGCGGAGAUGACGAACUAA